UUACCGGCGCAAUACUGUGUUUCCCGUGCGUCGUUCAGGUCGGGCCUUACGCGUGUUUGGCGGUAAGUACUCUGUUUUCUCGUCUGCUCCACUCGACGUAUACUUUAAUAUAAUACUAUAUAAUUCGUAAAAAUUAUAAGCAAAACGAGUCGUAUAAACCACCGUGAUCGAAAGGUUUUUAUUGUUCUUCUUACGUCGUUUUGAGUUUUUAAUUUAAUUUUUUUUUUUAUACAGCCGUUAAGCUUGUUACCGGUGUCUGCGUAUUUGUGUGUGUGUGUGUGUGAGUGUAUUUUUCAAACGAGUGGUGUUUUAACAUAUGACCGCGAGUGAUUGCCACUGUAAUAGAACUAAAUCAAUUUGUGUAAGAAAAAAAAAACCAUUUUGUUAAUUGAUAUUACGCAAGUGCUUGUACGGUGAGUGUUUUCCGUGUUAUACGUAUAAUCGUGCGCGUGUUUAAUCGAAGACAGUGAUACGAUACUGUUAUAGUCGUUUCGCAGAAAUUCUUCAACUACCACUACUAUCACCACCACCAGCUCAAGUCUGGUGUGAAAUGACAAAUAGCAGUUUCAGCUGAUUCUAGUCUAUUUCGUUGUAUUGCAAGGUUAAUAUCAAAAACAUUUCAAAUCAAUUUCAACGAUUCAUUUAACGUUUCUGCCUUUCACGACCUCAAACAAAUGCCGUUCAACGAAUCCGCGGAGUUGUACGCGACGUUUGGAUGGUUGUGACAGUUUUUGGUGAGGUUCAAUUUUGUUAAAGAUAAAAUAUAUAUUUUACAAUUAAAACCAGCAAAACACCAUUCAUCUGAUACUGCGGAACCAGCAGCGAAUAGUCAACACAACGUAUAAGGAUGGUGGUGACAUCUGGUUGCCAAUCUUAUGGACAUCAUCAAAAGUUUAUUGCAUUAUUGAUACUGUGCUUUUUGGAUUGUGGUCAAGGAGACGGUAAAGAAAAGCGAGAAAUUUCCAGUCCAAAAAGUAAAAGUGGACAACCAGGAGGAUCUGGUCACACAGAAUGGCAACAAUUAUGGUAUUCAAGCGUCGAUGAGUUUCAAAAGCUCACAGAGCCACUUUUGGACAAUACCACUGAAACUAACCUCACUGUACCGUUAGGUAGUACAGCUUACCUUCAUUGUCGUGUUCGAAAUUUAGGAGAGCGAACGAUAUCAUGGGUUCGCCGCAGAGAUUGGCACAUCUUGACUUCGGGCAUGUUCACGUACACAAACGACGAGAGGUUCACCGUGUUGCACGCCGAAGGCUCGGAUGAUUGGACACUGAAAAUAAAAUACGUGCAGAAACGAGACAACGGCACGUACGAGUGUCAGAUAUCCACUGGAACAGGUAUAAUGUCCUCGUUCAUCAACGUUCACAUCGUCGUUCCCGAAGUUCACAUCGAUGGACCAAGUGAACUUCACGUAGACAUGGGUAGCAUAAUAAAUCUUCUUUGUAUCAUCGAAAAAAGUCCACAACCUCCACAGUACGUAUUUUGGUAUCAUAAUGAAAAAAUGAUCAAUUACGACAAUAUCAGAGGUGGUAUUGUAGUCAAUACAGAAAAUGGUGGUCGUAGCACCAGCAGGUUGACUAUCCAUGACGUAAUUGACACAGACAGUGGUAAUUACACAUGUGAAACUGCAAAUGCCGAACAAGCUUAUGUUUAUGUUUUUGUAUCUGAAGGAGACACUAUGGCUGCCAUAUCACGCAGAAAGUCUACAGCUUCAGGAAUUGAAGUGAUGUUAUGGUUUGUUGCAUUACCAUUAAUGGUAAUAUCCGUUAGAUAAGGGAAAAAUAUUCUACUGUGUAAGUUAUACAAUUUAUAUGUAUGUAUUAAUUCUUUGUAAAAAGUAUGAUUAUAAUUAUAAUUAUUGUUAAUAUUCAUAAAAAUGUUUUUGUUUACUCAUGUCUUAUUUCAAUUACCAGAAUUAAAUAUAAAAAUUAACUUGAAAUAAACAUUUAGAAAUUAGCCAAUUAUUAACUAACUAAUUUAUCUCAUGAACCUACACUUAAUAUUAUUAGUAUGGUUACCAUUAUAUUUGUUUAUAUCUAUAUAAUAUAAAGAUAUAAAAUUAUAUCUUAAAAGUGUUAUAAAAUUAAAAUUAUAUUAACAAUUAAAAUGUUACAUACAAUUUUUUUUUUUUUGGUUUUAUUUAUCGCACUUAAGUUACAUUGUACAGGGUUACACAUAUUUAUUUAAAAAAAAAAAAAAUAUAUAUACAUAAUUUUAUUUUAAUCGAAAUUAAUUAAAAUUUACAUUAUUAACGAUAAUAUUGUAAAUAUAAUUUUAAUACACAUUUUUUCCCGUUACAUUAUACUAAUGUAUAAGUUUAUAUUAUUUAAUAUUUUUGGAAAAUUAUUACCUUAUACUAAUUGUUUAUUUUUUUUUUUACUUUUAGUAGUUGUUAUUAGUGGUGUUAGUUAUCUUCUAAUAUAUACUAUUUAUAUGAAAAGUUAAAGUUUAAAUGAAUACAAUUAUCUAUAUUAGUACAUCUCAAUGUAUACUAACGGCUAAUGAGUUGAUAUAAUUUUUUUCUGUACCUACUUAUUUAAUUUAUUGGACGUAAAUAGAAUUGUAAUUAAUUAAAAUUAUUAUUAAUAACUAUAAUUAUAAUUAUUAGAAUUUUUAAAUUAUUGUGAAAUAUACUUUAAUGGUGGUUGUAAUGGCAUUUAAAAACAUAAUGAUAUAAUGAUAUUGUUUGAAACCGACAUCAUCGGAUAUAUUGUAUUAAAAUAAUACGAUUAUUAUGCAUUUUACUCGAAUGUUAUGAAGGACUAAUAUUACUAAAGUGCGAUUGGAAAUAGUUAUAAAUGUUUUAAAAUAUAAAGGGCUCAAUGAAACGUUGUAUGUACAGAAAUUUACAAGUUUUUAUGUUUUCUUUUUUCAAAGAGCAAAUGUUAAUAACAUAUUCCAUGUAUAUAACUACCUAUUACGUCUAAAUAAAAGUAUCGAUACAUCGCAGAUGUUCCUGAUAUUAUGUGAAUUGUGAAUACUGUUUACCAAUUGGUAUUAUUAUUAUUAUUAUUAUUAUUUGUAAAUUAUUGUAUUGCCAAAUUGUAAUACUAUUAUUGUCAUAUAAUAUAUUAUGAUACUUAUAAGUCAGUCGCAUGCUACCUAUACAUGCUUAAGACAUUAUAAGUCCAUUGUAAAUAUCCAUUUUCUAACAAUUAUAUACAAUUACUAAUUGAAUGUCCGUUUAAUUGUUAAAUAAAUAUUAUAAAAAUAAAUUAAGUUCAAAA